GAGGAAGAUGAAGUAUGAGAAAAAGAAAAAACCAAAUGCAUUCCCACUCACCCCUCUCUCUCUCUCUCUCUCUCUCUUGACCCCUUAAAUUUAAUGCAUAGAUUGAAAAUCUGAGCACCUUUCUUGUCUGCAGCUGCACUUCGAAAUAGAAAAUUUCUUUGCCCUUGAGAUUAUUACAGUGCACAAUAUCUUAGGUGAUAAUAUAAUGUUAAUAACUACAAAAUCUGCAAAGUAAACCCCGGUGUGUUGACACUAAAGACAAUGGGUCCAGCUGUAAUCUCCAGUUUAGCCUUUUUAGUCUACCCGGUCAGAGAAGCGAAAAUCCACAGUGUUUUUGUGUGUGUAUAUGUCAGUUACGUCUGUAUUUGUGGUGUGUAGAGAGAGAGAGGCAGCUGAGGAAAUAGAUGCCCUAACUCCCAAGCAUAAAUUUCGCUGUUUUUGUAUGAAUUUUGCUGUUUUGUUUUCUUGUUUGCAUUUGCAGAGCUCAAAAAGGGCCCCCCCUUAAAAGGGGUUUAAUUUCUUAGGGCUUGAGUGAUUCUUCUUAAAAGAGCUGUGCUUCAUUCUCACCAGCUGCUGAGUUGUUCAGAUUUCUCAAGAUUUUGGCUUUCUGGGUUCUUGAUCUGGGAUUCUUGAAGAAAAGAGGAGUCCUUUUUUCAUAUAUAUGUAUGAGACUGCAUUUUUGAUUAUAUGUCUAUGGAGCAAAUAAUUGAGAGAUCUCCUAAUGGGCAGAGGGUUUUCAGAGUUCAACCUCCACUGGUUGAUUCUGUAUCAUGUUACUGCAAGGUGGAUUCGGGGUUAAAAACAGUUGUUGGGGCAAGAAAAUUUGUCCCUGGUUCUAAGCUUUGCAUCCAACCAGAUAUUAAUCCUCGUGCACACAAGACAAAGAGCUCCCGUCGGGAGAGGAACAGGGUGCAGCCGCCACUUCUACCGGGACUGCCCGAUGAUCUUGCAAUUGCCUGUCUGAUUCGAGUUCCUCGUGUGGAACAUAAUAAGCUUCGUCUAGUUUGCAAGAGGUGGUUCAAGCUCCUAGCUGGGAAUUUCUUCUACUCUCUUAGGAAGAGUCUUGGUAUGGCAGAAGAAUGGGUGUAUGUAAUGAAAAGGGACCGUGAUGGGCGAAUCUCGUGGCAUGCUUUCGAUCCGACCUACCAACUCUGGCAGCCUCUUCCGCCCGUUCCACCAGAGUAUAGCGGAGCUCUCGGAUUUGGUUGUGCUGUACUUAGUGGUUGCCACCUGUACUUAUUUGGUGGGAAAGACCCACUAAAGGGAUCUAUGAGACGAGUUAUUUUUUACAGCGCUCGGACGAAUAAAUGGCACCGGGCUCCGGACAUGCUCCGCAGACGGCACUUCUUCGGUUCGUGUGUCAUUAACAACUGUCUUUACGUCGCUGGGGGAGAAUGUGAAGGAAUUCAAAGAACUUUGCGAUCCGCGGAAGUUUACGAUCCCAACCGAAACCGGUGGAGCUUCAUCGCGGAUAUGAGCACAGCCAUGGUGCCAUUCAUUGGGGUUGUAUAUGAUGGCAAAUGGUUUCUAAAGGGGCUUGGAGCCCACAGGGAGGUUCUGAGUGAAGCCUAUAUCCCAGAGUCGAACGCGUGGAGUCCAAUCAACGAUGGGAUGGUUGCUGGUUGGCGCAACCCGAGCAUCUCCAUGAACGGGAAGCUCUAUGCUCUGGACUGUCGCGACGGGUGCAAGCUGAGAGUAUAUGAUGAGGGGUCGGACACUUGGAACAGAUUCAUUGACAGCAAGCUCCAUCUUGGGAACUCUCGUGCCCUCGAGGCUGCUGCCCUCGUGCCUCUCAACGGGAAGCUCUGCAUAAUCCGCAACAACAUGAGCAUCAGCAUAGUGGACGUCUCAAACCCUGACAAACGAGUGGAGAGCAAUCCUCAGAUAUGGGAGAACAUCGCGAGUAAAGGCCAUUUCAGGAACCUAUUCACGAAUCUGUGGUCGAGCAUCGCUGGAAGAAGCGGAUUGAAGAGCCACAUAGUGCACUGUCAGGUGCUUCAAGCGUGAUGAGGUAUCAAUACUGUCCCCAAUUGUUUUGCGACGCGCUUCACUCUCUCCCCUGUUGCAGCGUAGAUUGUUGGUGCUGUUUCUUAGCACCUUUUUUGACUCAAAGUUGCAAUUCUGUGAUCUCUUCCUCGAUAAAUUUGAUGAGAUGCUGAGAAUAUGAGGGUGUGGAUGGUGAGGAGGAGUUGCUAUGGAAAAAAAAAUGCAGAAGAAAAGUAGUGAUGGGGUUAGGGUAUAGAAGAUGGAGGUAAGAUCACAUUACUACAUUCAUGAAACAGAGUGUCAGAUCAAAAACAUUUUUUUCUUUCUUUUUCUUUUUCCUUCUAAAUUUGUGUACAUUCUUGUUUAUUUCGACGUCUGUUUCAUGGCUUCUUCAUGCUUGUCAUCCUUUGUGAAUAUAAGUGCUCUAGUAAAAUGAAGGGAACAAAAGAAGUUUUUUAUUUU